AUGACAAGGAAAGCCCUGGCUAUACAGACCCAGAAAGGAAUGGAAAUGCGCAGCCAGCUGCAGAAGGAAUGUAUGGAACUAGAGGAGGAGAAGAAACAUGUCCUGCAGAUUGGAGCAGCUGGAUUUCGUGCAGCUCUGCAACAAGAGGACGAACAACAGCAAAAAGCUCAGGUUUUGCUACAGAAGGUGAAGCACAAACUGGUUGAGAGACACAAUGCCUAUUGCAGUUUCCAGGUUCCAAGGAAAGUUCUGGAAAUGGAGAAUGAUCUGCUGCUCAGGGAGGCAAAGGAUCCGGCGGAAAUGGAAUUGGGUCUGGAGGAUGGCAUCCGAGACAUUUUUAAAAAUGAUGGGCACUGCACAGGCAUGGAGGAUAUGGCCGGGAGGAAUGGAAAGCUGAUGUGGCUGUAUCUUAAACACUGGAGGCUGCAGGUUAUGGUGCAGAAACACAGGAGAGCAGAGGACCGAUUGAAAGGGCACUUCCAAAGUGAAAAAAAAUAA